CUUCCCCGAAUUGGCUGCGCCUGCGUAACCCGGAAGUGGUCGCAUUUUAGGGCUCCGCGCGGAGGCGCGUUCGAGUUUGAGGACGUGAGUGCGGCGCCAGGAUGAACGCUCCUCCGGCCUUCGAGUCGUUCUUGCUCUUCGAAGGCGAAAAGAAAAUCACCAUUAACAAGGAUACUAAGGUGCCCAAUGCAUGUUUGUUUACCAUCAACAAAGAAGACCACACUCUGGGAAACAUCAUCAAAUCUCAGCUGCUGAAGGACCCACAGGUGCUGUUUGCUGGUUACAAAGUCCCUCACCCCUUAGAACACAAGAUCAUCAUCCGAGUCCAGACCACCCCGGACUACAGCCCCCAGGAAGCCUUUACCAAUGCCAUCACAGAUCUCAUCAGUGAGCUCUCCCUGCUGGAAGAACGCUUCCGGGUGGCCAUCAAGGACAAGCAGGAAGGCAUUGAAUAGCAGGCCAAAAGGAGACUUGCUCAGGGCCUGUGAGGCUCCUGUCUACAUGCUUCGGACCUUCUUGACACCCAGCAGAAAACAGCAGCCAGUCCCAGCCACAGCCCCCUCUGGUACUCCCCAUCCAACACUGACACAUCCUAUACAUAGACUGCUAUUUUCCUAAUAAAAUAUUGCAGGAAAAGA